CUAACCUGUAAAGGUGAAGCACUAGACUUGGUUUUGGUGCAUAAGCCUAGUGAUGAGUGAUUGAUGAUUAAGCCACAUUGUGUUAUGGUAGAGCCACAUACACAGCAAGAGUGAUUUAGGGACCUUAUGUUAUAUUUUCCAUUCAGGCUGCUUUAGAUUUUUUGUCUCAGAGUUAAAUCAAUGAUGGCACGUGGCUGAGUAAUAGUAAUCUGGAAUGUGGUUGAUUAUCGCGAGUAUAUUCCAAUAGUUAAUUCAAGCGUUGUUUACUGCAAAGGCAAAGGGGCAACGCAAAGUAACUAUGUUAAGUGGUUGGCUAACAGUUGGGAUAUGGGUCCAAUACUUCAAAUUGACGAUUAAUGGGUGGCCUCUUGCGCUGCUCUAGACUUGCUUUUAUUUUGUACCCAAUGAGAUACUUAGUGGGUGCAGAUUUGAUUUCCUUAGAUGCUUGUCCAUUUAAAUGUUUGUUGCUAUCAUCUAGAUGGGGUUUCAAUAGUGCUAGCUAACUAAAUCUAAAACCCAACUUAUUUGUAAGACAUGAAUCUUUAUAGUUUCUAACUACAAUUUAUUCUCAAUAUAAUAUCAGAAGGCACAAAUUUACCCGAUAUAUCUUCCAAUCAUGUAAUGGGUAAACAAAGGAAAAUAAUAUUUCUAAAUGUUUCAAUCAGUUAACUUAUCAUAGCAAUUGCAGUGGUUCCAGAUGUGGUUUUGGGCUCCUGUCAGGGGUCUAACCAAUUUAGAUCUGGCUUCAGCAUGUAACAAUUGAUGUUAUAGAAGAAUGGCACAUUAAUCAGUGAACAGAACCGUUUGAAUAAUAAGCUUUAGACUAGGUCAGAAAUUCCAAUGGUGUUUGAUCAUUGGUGUCGAGAUAUUGUUUUGCUGGAAGGUUUAAUUUUCUUUUCAUGAUCUGGGUUUUCUGUUAAUGUUUAUUUCUUGUUCAAGUGCCUGCUAUUAGUUUUUGGUAAAAAGUUGGAAUGGAAUUUCCUUCUUGACAUGCAUGACUUUCUCUAUUUUUCAUUUCUGGUCCUGAAUAAACCUUCAACUAUCCAUUAUUCUCUUAAGCUGGGAAUUUGUUUUUGUAUUAGGUGUGGAUGGCAAGGCUGUUUUUGUGAAACUUCUUCUUAUUUGAUUCCAAUGUGUUUGAUAAAGUUGGAUUAAAAUAAGUUGACAUUUUCUAAAUUUUGUCUAGGUAUCUGAUAAUUUGCUUCACGAUGCUAGUAGCAAUGUAGAGACUCUAAUUUUCUGCUCACAGACUCUCAGAAGUAAGAACUUAUUGAAAACAUUUCACAAGGGCCCACCAAAAGUUAGAACGCAGAUUAGCCUUGCUGUUGCUGCAUUGGCUGUCCAAGUCCCUGCUGAAGAUUGGGGAGAUGGUGGCAUAAUGAAUUGGCUCAGAGAUGAGAUGAAUGCACAUCCUGAUAUUGUACCAAGUUUUCUCGAGCUUCUUAGAGUCUUACCAGAGGAAAUCUUCAAUUACAAGAUAGCUGCUCGUCCAGACAGACGACGCAAAUUUGAAAAUGAACUUGCCUCUACAAUGGAUGUUGCUCUUGGCAUUUUGACUGCAUGCUUAAACAUCCCAGAACUGAAAGAGCAGGCUCUGGAUGCUUUUUCAUCUUGGCUUCGACUAAGACAUAGGCUUCCUGCAUCUGUGCUUGCUACACACCCAUUGGUGCUAACAGCUCUCUCUAGCUUAACGUCUGAUGAGCUUUCAGAGGCAGCCGUGGAUGUAAUUUCUGAAUUGAUACAUUACACGUCUGCAAGAAACUUGGAGGGAUUUUCAGUUCAAAUGCCUUUAAUUCAAGCUAUUGUGCCACAAGUUAUGAAUCUAAAGCCACAACUUAGAGAUUCUUCGAAGGAUGAGGAAGAUGUUAAGGCCAUUGCAAGACUAUUUGCUGAUAUGGGUGAUUCCUAUGUUGAAUUGAUUGCAACUGGUUCAGAUGAAUCGAUGUUGAUUGUUCAUGCACUACUGGAAGUUGCUGCACAUCCAGAAUAUGAUAUUGCUUCCAUGACAUUUAACUUCUGGCACAAUCUUCAGAUUUGCUUGAUCGAGAGAGAAUCCUAUGUAUCGCUUGGUAAUGAAUCAUUAAUUGAUGUGGAGAGAAAUAGGCGGGUGCAGGUUUUCCGUUCAUCAUAUGAAUCACUUGUAUCCUUGGUCAGUUGCAAAGUUCAAUAUCCUCAGGAUUACUCAGAACUUUCAAAAGAGGAUCAGAAAGAUUUCAAACAGACAAGAUAUGCUGUCGCGGAUGUCUUAAUUGAUGCGGCAUUAGUUUUAGGAGGUGAACCAACACUUAAGAUUCUGUACGUGAAGCUUGUUGAGGCUCUAAGUGGGCACCAAAAUGGUGAUAUGAUGGAUUGGCGACCUUCAGAGGCUGCACUAUAUUGCAUCAGGGCCAUAUCAGAUCUUGUUCCCUUAACCGAAGCAGAAGUUAUGCCCCAGAUUAUGUCAUUGCUUCCGAAACUUCCUCAUCAAUCACUAUUACUUCAGACAGUAUGCUUGACUGUAGGAGCUUAUUCUAAAUGGCUUGAUGCUGCACAAAGUGGACUCUCUUUUCUGCCUUCAGUCAUUGAUAUUCUUAUUAGUGGAAUGAGUAUGUCUGAAGAUUCUGCAGCAGCUGCUGCCUUGGCUUUCAGACACAUCUGUGAUGACUGUGGGAAAAAGCUCCGUGGAUCUCUAGAUGGUCUUUUCCAAAUAUACCAAAGGGCAAUGACUGGGGAAGGUUCUUUUAAAGUUGCGGCUCAAGAUUCUUUGCAUCUUGUUGAAGCCUUAAGUAUAGUUAUCACUGAGCUUCCUCCAGACCAGGCUAAGAAAGCCCUCGAGGCACUUUGCAUACCUGCUGUUGCACCUUUACAGGAAGUGAUUAAUCAAGGUCCUUUGGUAUUGGGUCAAAAACCUGCUCGUGAAAUCACUGUUCAUAUUGAUCGACUUGCAAAUAUAUUUAGGUAUGUAAAUAAUCCAGAAGCUGUUGCUGAUGCAAUUCAAAGACUUUGGCCACUUUUCAAAGCCAUCUUUGAUACCCGUGCUUGGGAUAUGCGGACAAUGGAAUCACUCUGCCGAGCCUGUAAACAUGCUGUGAGAACAUCUAAAAGGUUCAUGGGAGUUACAAUUGGAGCUAUGCUUGAGGAGAUACAAGGGUUAUAUAAACAACACCACCAACCAUGUUUCUUAUAUCUCUCUAGUGAGGUUAUGAAGAUAUUUGGGUCUGAUCCUUCUUGUGCGGAUUACUUAAAAGUGUUGAUCGAAUCUCUAUUUAGCAAUACAGCGUGUUUGCUUACAAAAAUUCAGGACUUCACUUCCAGGCCAGAUAUAGCAGAUGAUUGUUUUUUGUUGGCGUCAAGAUGCAUUCGCUAUUGCCCGCAUUUGCUUUUCCCAUCUCCAGUAUUCCCAUCAUUGGUUGAAUGCUCCAUGAUAGGAAUCACAGUGCAGCACAGGGAAGCGUCAAAUUCUAUCCUAAGUUUCUUAUCCGAUAUAUUUGAUCUGGGAAGAUCUAGUCAGGGACAGCAAUUCAUUUCUAUCAGGGAUAGUGUUAUUGUCCCUCGAGGUGCCAGCAUUACUAGAAUCUUGGUUGCUGCUUCAACCGGGGCUCUCCCAAGUUCAAGAUUAGAAACGGUGGCAUAUGCUCUGCUAGCACUAUCACGAGCAUAUGGAGCAAACGCUCUAGAAUGGGCUAAGGAGAGCGUGUCUUUAAUUCCAGUUUCUGCUGCCACAGACAUGGAAAAAUCAAGAUUUUUACAGGCAUUGUCAGAUGCAGCAUCCGGUGCAGAUAUCAAAGGAUUAACAGUUCCAAUCGAAGAGCUGUCAGAGGUUUGCCGACGCAAUCGCACGGUCCAAGAGAUCGUUCAAGAAGCUUUGAGGCCACUUGAGUUGAAUCUGGUCUAUGUAUCAUAGUAUAAUAUCAUGGGAAAGGCCAUUUUUUGUGCCUGAUCUUGGUUUGAUUACUUCAAUUUUUAAGGGUUUAUAGGGAUGGUGGGUGGUGUGGUGUAUAAUUGUUGUAAUUUGUGAUUAAGAUUUGCAGGAAAAGCUGUGUUGGAAUUGUUUUCCCUAAAAUUUUGGUUGAGGCUGUAUUACUUUCAAUUUUCUUAUGUAUUCCAUCCCUUUUGAGAUUUAUGAAAAUGAA